UCAGAUGGUCAAAUAGAAGUUGCCCUACAUUUGUACAGAAUUGUGAUUAUAUGCACGUUAACGAGAGUUUUCUCGUUUAUUUUUUCCGUUAACCCCUUGUAGUCCUAGGCAUGAAGGCAUGGCAUGUCCACAAAAUAAUUGAUUUUUUUAAUAAAAGCUUACAACAAUACAUGUAAUAUUUUUUUCCCCACAGUUAAGAUUUAAUUUUUAACUGGCAUAUCUAGAACAAUACUAAACAUAUUUCUUCAUAAAGCAAUGAUCAAAGUUUACAAUAUGUAUACUUCAGUAACUUUUCGAUUACAUUGUCCAAGUUCAUUCAAUGACAAAUAAUCUCUUCCAGGUUAGCUCCGAUUUUUUUCUCAUCCGAUGCAUACUUGAAAUCAGUUAUAUUUAUUAUCUAUCUGUUGUUUUAUUCUAUUUCUCCUUCUUCUUCGGGGCCAUGUCGGCCUAUACAGGCUUUCAUGACUUAUUUAGUACCUCGCAGCCAAAUAUGUAGUUAGUCCUUACUAUCGGAUAGUUCGGCAGCCGGAAGGUAAGGUUGGUAGAUAUCCUUAAACAGAUCUGCAAAAAAAUCCAUCUUUAUCCCAUUAAAUGAUUUGCCCGAGUGAGACUGUGGUUUGCUCUCGGUUUCGAUUCAAUCGUCGCGUAUGGGGAGCGGGAAGGAGAUAAAACAAUGAUAAUGACACAUUUUGCUCAUCAUCUUAUGUGUAAAGCAACGGCUUGCAGAACGGGCCAAUAUUAUUUUAUUUUUUAUUUUAAAUUUUUGCCAUUAUUUCAUUAUUGGUUCGUGUAUUUCCUAAAAUUCGUGGGACUGUCAAAGGGUUUAAGUUUUAUUUAAUCGUAUAAUUAAAUGAAUGGUGAUAUUAACUUUUAUGUAUUUAAUGUAACAAUCUUUCAAAGAAGAGAAAUUACAUCGUUUCUUUCUAAUUAAGUGGCAAAACCAAGCACUUUCAGCAAAACUAUACGAUAAGGAAAUAUAUUUUGACUAAAAACUGCGAAUCCUGUUUAAAAAAAACUGUAAAAUGUCUAAAACUUGGAAGAACAACGCCGUUGUAUCUGGAACGAAUAAAUUGAGAAGAAAAUAUUAUAUUUUUUAGAAGGCCAUUGCGGGGAGUUGCAUUGCACAUGGUAAUGCUUCGGAAGCACAAUUGACGAGAUGCAAAUGCCAGAAUCGAGAGGCGAUGCUGUGUGAAAUAUCAGAUGAGGCAAAAUAAUAAACAAGGGAAUCAUACUUGCACCUCUAUGUUACUUUAAUAGUUCUUAAAAAAACAUUACUGGUGUGGAACGAUACGUCAUCAUUCAUACCGCCAUUGCGCAACGUGGUCGCUAGGGGCAACGUAUCCAAACAAAUUCCAAAUUCACUACCAAAACAAAUUUACCAUCAGUUGCAAUUGACACCUGGCGAAGCUUUGUGCUGUCCACAACUGUUUUCAGAAAAGAAUACAAACAAAACAAAUUCAAGCGUUUUGGCAGGCAAAGAAAGAUGACGGAACGUUAUGUGUACUGUAACGGACGAGCGCACGAACGAACCGUGAGUGUGUCAACUAACAAGCAACUUUCUUCACAGGCAGCAAUGAAACCUCAAAGUGUAACCAAUCGCCACAUGAACUGGCUGAUACACGGUUUGUAUACCAGGAAGCAUUUUGAGCAGUGCAAAAAAUUGAUUGACCGUCAGCUGGGCAUUUGCUACGACAAGCAGUACUUAUACUACAUGAAGGGUCUUAUUUUGCGAGAGGAAAACAACUCAACCGAAGCCGUACACUGCUUUCAACAAGCGAUUGCGCUGAACAAAAAAGAACCAGAAAACUACAAGGAACUCGCCAAAACACUAUAUUCGAUGGGAAAAUUUCGCAAUGCUUUGGAAGUAUUUUUGAAAGCGGAAACUCUACUUGAACGACCUGACCACGAAAUCUAUCAUCACAUUGGUGAGCUGUAUUACAAAAAUUUCGGACAGCCAAAGGCGGGUGUCGUUGAGGCAAAGGAAUAUCUCAAGCAAGUCGUCACUUGCGGUAAGCACGUAGAAAGCUAUAAGAUUUUGGCCGAAAUCUACAUCGAAGAAGGAGACAGCAUCAAAGCGAUUGAAAUGAUCGAAAAUUGUUUGCAAAUAACGCAAGAUGACGUAUCCUUGAUGACGCAGAUAGGUAUACUGUACUUGAAAAUCAACGAAUACCAACGGGCGUUCGAAAAAUUACUUGAUGCAACGGCAACCGAUUCCAAGCAUACAAGCGCCCUACUAGCAUUGGGAUCAAUAUUACAAUCAAAAAAUGACAUUGACGGUGCCCUUAAUAAGUAUAAACGAAUAUCGAAUUUAACAGACGAAAGCUCGGAAGUUUGGAGUAACAUCGGUUUAUGCUUUUUCAAGAAGCAAAAAUUUAUUGCUGCAAUUUCAUGUCUUAGGAAAGCAGCCUGGGUUUCACCGUUGAACUUUAACGCGCUUUACAAUCUUGGACUGGUGUUGGUAACAGCCCAACAAUACGUGAGUGCCUUUCAAACGCUAGCUGCUGCGAUAAGUCUACGGCCAGAGCAUGCCGAGUGCUACAUGUUGCUGGGAACUUGUCUGCGGCAUUUAAAUGAUCCCGGAAACGCUUACCUUUCGCUGGAGAAGUCAACCAUGCUUCCGGACGCCGUCAAGAACCCGCUAAUCUAUCUUAACUUCGCACUCUAUUGUUACGAAGUCGGAAAAUCGGACCAAUCCGUGCUGUAUCUGAGUAACUUUCUCGACAUGACUCAACACAUUACGGUCCAUCGUGAGUACCUAAAAAUGGCCGACCGACUUAACGGAGCUCUUGCGGUGGCUGCUGGUGGGCAGAUUCAUGCUCCUACCGCACCAGACACAGGAGGACACACCGGGGGUCUUGACCGUACCGAGAAGGAUCACCGGAUGCAGGAUGAAACUGUUGUCAACAUGUCCAGUGGUGGAUUGGCGGACACGCGGAAUGAGGGCGCUGUCGAAGAGGAUGGCUCCGACGGUGAUUUACCCUGAUGUGCAUUGCAACAAAGGAAAAGAUGUAGACUUCUUGAAAGGAUUAGCAAUGGAGGGUCCACUGCUGGUUGGAACUUUAUUAUCUUGUUUUUUUUUUAAGCUAAUGCUUUUACGCUAUUAUUCCAAGGAUAGCCUGGCUCAUAUUCCUUGAAAUCUAGAAAGCAGUAUCAACCCGUUGUGGUGUUGCAUAAUUUUAACGUCUAGCUUGAACUGCUUCGGACUGUUUUGUUUUAUCCCGUCUUUCGUUGGUGGAGCUUUCACCACUGGGCGUGUAGUUUUUUUGUUUGUCAUUUACACUUGUCCUAGAUAUAAUGUUGCAUGCAGUGUAAUGAAGACAAACUGACGUUAGAUAAGAACAGAAAACAAACAACGCAGUACGCGUCGUAUAAAUAAAUGAUGAACACUAA